CCGGGAAUGCGCAGCAGACGGGCCGGACAGAGGCCAGGCGGGCCCUCGAGGGGGAGGCCUGGACGCCAUCUCCGCUGGCAAACCUCGGGGCCCACCGACCUCCUAGCAACACCUCCCUUCCCAAGGGCGAUCACAUCCAGGAUACAGAGUUACCUUCAGUCAUCAUGUCCCUUAAGACCCUCUUGGCUACGACAGUUUCUCGGAUUAUUUUUUUAUUUUCGAUAACCGUAACCUCCGUUUCCUCCUCACUUGCCUCCUGCGUCUCCCAGCAUUCAGGCAGUCUGCAAGGCCAGAUUUUGGGAGGACCGCCAGAUUUGUGGGUGAAGCGGUGAUGUGUGUGUGUAACUGACGAAGCCUCACUGUCGCCUCAGGAACACAGCUCAGUCCGAAGAACUACGAUUCCCAGAAGACAUCGUGGCGUGACCUGUCUCUUGCUGCAUUGGCUCCUGUACAUUACUCCCAGCCAAUAGAAAAGUAGCUCUUUGAUAAGUGCCAAAAUGGCGACACCUAGGACCUAGGAGUAAAUUGUCCGUUGACCACCACCGGCCCCGCCGCCUCAGACUGAAAUCAUGAAGGUGGUGAACUUGAAGCAAGCCAUUUUGCAAGCCUGGAAGGAGCGAUGGAGUGACUACCAGUGGGCAGUCAACAUGAAGAGAUUCUUUCCGAAAGGAGCCACCUGGGACAUUCUCAACCUAGCAGAAGCACUACUGGAGCAGGCCAUGAUUGGACCUUCCCCCAAUCCGCUCAUCCUGUCCUACCUGAAGUAUGCCAUUAGUUCCCAGAUGGUGUCCUACUCCUCUGUCCUCACAGCUAUCAGUAAGUUUGAUGACUUCUCCCGGGACCUGUGUGUCCAGGCUUUGCUAGAUAUCAUGGACAUGUUUUGUGACCGACUAAGCUGUCACGGCAAAGCAGAGGAGUGCAUUGGGCUGUGCCGGGCCCUUCUCAGCGCCCUCCACUGGCUGCUGCGCUGCACCGCAGCCUCUGCAGAGCGGCUCCAGGAGGGUCUGGAGGCCGGCCCGCCAGCCGCUGGGGAGAAGCAGCUUGCCAUGUGCCUGCAGCGCCUGGAGAAGACCCUUAGCAGCACCAAGAACCGAGCCCUGCUCCACAUCGCCAAACUAGAGGAGGCCUCAUUGCAUACAUCCCAGGGACUUGGGCAGGGUGGCACCCGAGCCAAUCAACCAACAGCCUCCUGGACAGCCAUCGAGCAUUCUCUCUUGAAGCUUGGGGAGAUCCUGGCCAGUCUCAGCAACCCCCAGCUCCGGAGCCAGGCUGAGCAGUGCGGCACACUCAUCAGGAGCAUCCCCACAAUGCUGUCUGUGCACUCCGAGCAGCCGAACAAAACUGGCUUCCCCACUGUCCACGCGCUGGUCCUGCUCGAGGGCACCAUGAACCUGACAGGCGAGACGCAGCCACUGGUGGAGCAGCUGAUGAUGGUGAAACGCAUGCAGCACAUCCCCACCCCGCUGUUUGUCCUGGAGAUCUGGAAAGCAUGCCUCGUGGGGCUCAUCGAGUCUCCUGAGGGUACAGAGGAGCUCAAGUGGACAGCUUUCACCUUCCUUAAGAUUCCACAGGUUUUGGUGAAAUUGAAGAAAUACUCUCAUGGGGACAAGGACUUCACUGAGGAUGUCAAUUGUGCUUUUGAGUUCUUGCUGAAGCUCACACCCUUGCUGGACAAAGCUGACCAGCGCUGCAACUGUGACUUUACAGAUUUCCUCCUUCAAGAAUGUAGGAAGCAGGGGCUUCUGUCUGAAGCCAGUGUGAACAACCUUAUGGCCAAGCGCGCGGCAGACCGGGAGCAUGCGCCUCAGCAGAAAUCGGGAGAAAAUGCCAACAUCCAGCCCAAUCCUGGUCUGAUCCUCCGAGCGGAGCCCACUGUCACCAACAUCCUCAAAACGAUGGAUGCAGACCACUCCAAGUCCCCAGAGGGGCUGCUGGGGGUCCUGGGCCACAUGCUGUCUGGGAAGAGUCUGGACUUGCUGCUGGCUGCAGCCGCUGCCACUGGGAAGCUUAAGUCCUUCGCCCGGAAGUUCAUCAAUUUGAAUGAGUUCACGACGCACGGCAGCGAGGAAAGCACCAAAUCCGCCUCCGUGCGAGCCUUGCUCUUUGACAUCUCCUUCCUCAUGCUGUGCCACGUGGCCCAGACCUACGGCUCCGAGGUGAUUCUGUCUGAGUCGAGCACAGGGGCAGAGGUGCCCUUCUUUGAGACCUGGAUACAGACCUGUAUGCCCGAGGAGGGCAAAAUCCUGAACCCUGACCACCCCUGCUUCUGGCCGGACUCCACCAAAGUGGAGUCCUUAGUGGCCCUGCUCAACAACUCCUCGGAGAUGAAGCUGGUGCAGAUGAACUGGCACGAAGCCUGUCUCAGCAUUUCAGCUGCCAUCUUGGAAAUCCUCAAUGCCUGGGAGAAUGGGGUACUGGCCUUCGAGUCCAUCCAGAAAAUCACCGACAAUAUCAAGGGAAAGGUAUGCAGCCUGGCAGUGUGUGCUGUGGCUUGGCUUGUGGCCCACGUACGGAUGCUGGGGCUGGAUGAGCGUGAGAAGUCACUGCAGAUGAUCCGCCAGCUGGCAGGGCCACUGUACAGUGAGAACACCCUGCAGUUCUACAAUGAGAGGGUGGUGAUCAUGAGCUCGAUCCUGGAGCACAUGUGCGCUGACGUGCUGCAGCAGACGGCCACGCAGAUCAAGUUCCCGUCCACGGGCAUGGACACGAUGCCCUACUGGAACCUGCUGCCCCCUAAGCGACCCAUCAAGGAGGUGCUGACAGACAUAUUUGCCAAGGUGCUGGAGAAGGGAUGGGUGGACAGCCGCUCCAUCCACAUCUUUGACACCCUGCUGCACAUGGGAGGCGUCUACUGGUUCUGCAACAACCUGAUUAAGGAGCUGCUGAAGGAGACGCGGAAGGAGCACACGCUGCGGGCGGUGGAGCUGCUCUACUCCAUCUUCUAUCUGGACAUGCAGCAGGUGACCCUGGUCCUGCUGGGCCACAUCCUGCCUGGCCUGCUCACCGACUCCUCCAAGUGGCACAGCCUCAUGGACCCCCCCGGCACUGCUCUCGCCAAGCUAGCUGUCUGGUGUGCCCUGAGUUCCUAUUCUUCCCACAAGGGACAGGCGUCUUCCCGCCAAAAGAAGAGACACCGUGAAGACAUCGAGGAUUACAUCAGCCUCUUCCCCUUGGAUGACAUGCAGCCCUCCAAGCUGAUGCGGCUUCUGAGCUCCAAUGAGGAGGAUGCCACCAUCCUUUCCAGUCCCACCGACCGGUCCAUGAGCAGCUCCCUGUCGGCCUCCCAGCUCCACACAGUUAACAUGAGAGACCCGCUGAACCGCGUCCUGGCCAACCUGUUCCUGCUCAUCUCCUCCAUCCUGGGCUCGCGGACUGCCGGCCCGCACACGCAGUUCGUGCAGUGGUUCAUGGAGGAGUGCGUGCACUGCCUGGAGCAGGGCAGCCGCGGCAGCAUCCUGCAGUUCAUGCCCUUUACCACCGUGUCAGAACUGGUGAAGGUGUCGGCCAUGUCCAGCCCCAAGGUGGUCCUGGCCAUCACGGACCUCAGCCUGCCUCUGGGCCGCCAGGUGGCUGCCAAAGCCAUUGCUGCCCUCUGAGGGGCCACCCGGGCCCCGCUGGGAGGGUGCCAGCCCCAGGUUCCUCGAAAGGAACAGGGAGGAAAGAUGAGACAUCAUUGCUCAUACCCACAAAAUGUAAGAGCCCUUUGUCAGUUUCCAGAUCUUUCCCCUCUCCCUGACUUCUGACCGCUAUGAUGUCUCCCUGUCCCCUCCUUUCAUAAUUUCCUCUUCCUGCUGCCGCUGCUGCCCAGUGUGAGCAGCCGGGUUCCUUAGCUCAGGCCGGUCUCCCGGCCGCAGCCCUCCUCUGCGCCCUGGGGCGCUGUGUAGGUGCAGGGUAUGUAUAUGUAUGUGUAUGUAUAUUAAAAACAUUUUUUUCCAUAACACAUGAGGGAAGUUCACCUCAGCUCACCUGUAAAUAAAGAU